GCUUUUACUUUGAAAGCGUCACCUGGAUGUGGAACUGAGUGUUUCCGGGUUCAUCUUGAUUGGCGUUCGUUGUUCUGGAGCGCAUUUCUGGGUAUCUCGACUUUCUUCAUUCAGGCCAUUGUGUGACGAACCCGCUCAUGUUCCGCCCGGACCCGCGGGCGCGCGCUCCGCCGCCGCUGCCGUUCGGACGCCCGCCGCUUCCCGCCCUUCCCUUCAGGCCGGCGGGACCCGGAGCUCCGUUCACGGAAAACCCUUUCUGCCCCAGCAGGCCGCCGGGAUCCCACUUCAUCAGCCCCCACUGUAGCAACUUCUCCAUAGACUGUAGUACAGUCAUUGCUUUGAGUGGCAGCCAGCAGAUUGCGCCCCCUGCUGAAACAACGCCUCAUCCAGUACCUCCGUGGAAACCCAGUUCUUUGGAGAAAAAAUGCCCAGACAGCAGUGACCGGGCUGGAGAAGAAUUCCUGCGAUGCAUCGCCGCCAACAAGCCCCUACCAGACUACUUGAAAGGGAACAUGGCUUACAACCUGGCAGAAGCGUUUAAAUCUGCUGACGUCCUUAAAGAAGCCCUUAAAUCAGAUCCAAAGUUCCAGAAGCAUGUGUCGAGGAGCAAAAGCCGGAGCAGAAGUAAUGCCCGAUCUGGAGGUAAAACACGGGGGCGCAGCCGAAGUCGGGGACGCAGCCAAAGCAGGGGCCGCAGCCGAAGCCGGGGGCGCAACCGAAGCCGGGGACGCAGCCGGGGACGUAGCCGAAGCCGGAAGCGUAGCCGAAGCAGAGGAAGAAGCAAAAGUCGAGUACGCAGCAAGAAUUGUGGUGAAAGCAAAAAUAGAGGUAGCAGUUGGAGUCGAACUAGGAGUCGAAGUGGAAGCCGAAGCAGAAAGAAGCGCCUGAGAAGCAAGAGCCAGGUUGGAAAGCCAAGCUCAGAAAGUAGUGAAGUGACCUUUGGCAAGGAUGAGAAGAAGAAGAGCAGCCCGGGCAGCUCUGCUGUCGACUUGACGAGGAACAGCCUAUUGGAGGAACUGAAGCUCGUCAUGAGCAACAGUGAGCUAGAGGGUUGCUUGCCCUCUCUCAAAGCAGCCAUUCUCACUAUCCAGAGCCCACCUGAAGAUAAACCUGCAGAGUGUCUGCCUGUGACGACUCAGAGUCAGCAAAGACAAAGCAAAACUUGUCAGGACAACUCUACUUCUCUGGAAAAUGAUAGUAUGCUGCUUCCCCACGAAAGAGUUGGGGGCGACUUCUCCUGGCUCCAAGAGAAGAGCGAAGAGGACAUUUCAGUACAGAGAGCCAACGAGCUUGAGGAAGAGGAGUCCUUCUUGUAUGGGACAGUUUCUCCUCAUGCGAAGCAAAGUAAACCACAGGAACUGCACAGUUCUGCUGUUCACCAGUCUCCGCUCAGCGGCUGUCAGAAUCCUCUCCUGUCAAAACAAUCCCUUCAGAUUCCUUCUUCCGUCUCUAGUCUGGACAGUGAGCAGUGUGAGAAGAUCAAAAGCAUCCUGAGCAGCCUGGGCAUUCCCUCACACUCAGAAAAAGACCCAGUGAAGACAUUGGAGUUGAAGGAGGGCAGUGAGCCCCCUGCAGUUGCUGUCAGCUCAGACACGGCCAUGGCAACGCUAAACAACCCAAAUGUUCGCAAAGCUCUGGAGUCUCUGAUCAAAGCCACAAAGGAGAAAAGGACCAAAAGUGGAUCUUCCCAGACAGCUGAUCGGCAGCAGAAAAGUGGCAACGAAGACAGAAGGAAGGAAAAACGAGCCAAAAUUAAUCAGAUUGAGACUUUUGCAGCUGAGUUGGAGGAAUUAUUAAAACGAGAUGGUCAGGACUAUCUGUCUCCAGUUGUCGGCUUUUACUGUAAGAAGUGUCAGGAGUUCAUUGGAGAUUUGAGCUCUGCAGACGGCCAUGCAGACAUGCACGGACGCUCCAGCACGAAAGAACAGCUGGACUGGGGGGGUAAAGGCUUUCGGGGGGGCCACCAUCAGAGCAGCCCCCAGGCCCCCUCACAUCAAAGAGGUUAUAGUGACUCCAGGAACAGCAAAGGCUUCCAUCAAAGCUGGAAGAAUCAGGCGUAUUCGCAUCACGACAGGGGGGGCCAGCUGGACCACAAAGGCUUCUUCCUGAAGGAGGAGAUGAAGAAGGAGAGGAUGCUCAUAACAGUCUCCGGUGGACUGACGUCGGCCCCCCCAGCCGUCAGGGUGAAGGAGGAGCCCAGGGAGCAGGCUGUGCUGGGCACCAGCACAGAGGGGGCGGGGUCGACCAAAAGCAGGAAAGAAAAGGAGGAGAGCAGCGACAGCAGCAGGGACGACGGCUCCCCCAAAAACAAAACCCCCCGGAAAAAGAAGAAGAAGAAGGAGAAGAAAAAGAAAAAAGAAAAGCGGGACAAGUCUUAACCGUCUUUGUGGUGGUGGGUUUCCAGAAUACCACGUUCCUAUUUUUACACAUUCUUUUAGUUUAAUGUUUUGUGUGAAAUCCCCC